CCGUGUGAACUGAAGUUAAUCAAGCGUCACAUGACACAGCGACUCCAUGAACAGGGGGGAGGGGGGGACCGUGGGAGAUGGCGAGGAGUCUGAGCCGCCGCCGUCGUCAAGGCUCUGAUUUGAGGUUUUGAACAGGCUGCCGGUGUGUUGGCUGACUGUCCGCUAUCGCCCACCUCCAAUCUGGAUAGUGGAUAGUAGCAUGUUGCCGCAGCAGAAUGGGACGCCACCAGCUGCUACAGGGCUAAUGCUAUCACGGCUACUACUAUGAGUGUUGUUGACCAUUAAGGAGCUGACAGCAAUAUAAUUAUCGUAGGAGCGGCGAGGUAUUAAUAAUAUAUGAUUCUGGGUACUUGGAGGCGAGCCUGGAUAAAGUACUUGGAUUACAGUACCACCGGAGCGACAGGGAAAACAAAUUGCAAACAAACUGCGCGUGUGUGCAGGGUUGCGGAAACAGAGAAGAAUUGCAGAUGACCUGAGUUGUUUUUAUUUUAUUUUUGUUGCCGAGCGACUGGUAUGAUGUGCACUGAGCCGGACACACUGCUUGUGUGAGUGUGUGUCUGCACUGCAGCUCCCUCGCACCACACACUCUAAGAAAUUGCAGCUAUGAGAUGAGACGAGCACUGAUUCCAUCGCAGGCAACGCAGGAGACCCCACGGACUACUCGAACACAGUCCGACAUUGUGUGUGUUAAACGACUGAUUGGCUGAAAUGGACACAUCUGCAGUGCUCUGACUCACCGUCUCCUAGCCUCAUUCAACAUGUAGUAUGUAUCAGCCACGUUGACUUACGUUCUCACCUGCCAAACCUUGGAUGAAUGAACUACCAAAGCCUGAGCCAAAUCGAUUUUCUCUUAUGCUGUGCUGAGUCUACUGACAUGUUUCUGCCUCGGUUGUCCUUGAAGUGAGUGCUGGGAUGUCCGUGACCUGCCCAUAGAGGUGGGGGCCUCGGAGAGCGAGCCAGAGCAGCUAGGGCUGAUCGCGGAGUUUCCUGAGCCUGUGUGAGGUGAGGCAACAGCUGCAGAGAGAAGAAGGGGGAGGGAAGACUGGGAGAGGAGCGCCUACGGAGAGACGAGAGCUGUGACACGCAAGCCUGCAGCAAGCACCUGGUCCGAGUGGACUGAACCCGAAGGUGAGAAGGUGACGAGAGCCCACAUCCUCGCUCUAUCAUUCUGUCAUUUUUUUCUAUGCUCCUGGCAAGCAGCCAGAUCUAAACCGGCUGUCGCUACACGUCACACCGAGAGCAGGUGUCACCUUGGUAUCAGAUUCGUCUGUCACUCUCUGCUACUCUCGUCUGCCUGUCCACCAGAGCGCUUCUGUUUUGCUUUCUAAUUUUGCCGCCUCUUCCCUUCCCUCCUUCAUUCACUGUCUAUCUGAGAUGGGAAGCUCCAUGGGUUGUGUGAGGCCUCCUAGGGAGGGAGGACACGGCUUCCCCCCACUGUCCCCCAACCCCAAACGACGCCUCCGCUUCCGGCGGAGACGCAAAGGGAAGAAGCACCAGAAAGGAGGGUCGUCGGUCUGCUCGGAAGUGGAAAGCAUAAGGAUAAGCAACAUACCAGAGGAAGAGGACAAAGGUACCGUCACGGAGGCAACCACCGCGUCGUUCAAAACUAUGAGUGACGUCGGUGCCAAAAUCGCCAAUUUAACCGUGUCUCAGGCUCAAACUCAAUCCAGACUGCCGCUGCCCAGUGCUCUCUGUGCUGACUCCACGAGUGACAGCAUGGGGGGGUUGGGUGGUAGCAGAGUGCUGGAAGUGUCCCCUGAGCCAAGCCCAGUGUGGAGAAGGCUGUCCUACCCCGGAGCUGGGCGUGAGGAAGGGGGGACGAGCAGUACCAUGGAUGCCUCAAGCAGCCAAGGGCGACCCAGUGGCAACCCCACCCUAGACAACCCUGACAACCCUGACCCAGCUGUCCCGUCCCAGGUGCACACCACCCCUGGCGGGGGUCAGGUCUGCAAAGUCAGGGAGAGAGAACAAGGGGUCCUGGAGAGGCCUUGCAUACAAAGACCCAAGAAAGAGAGGGAAAGAGAAAAGAAACGAGAACAGGAGGAGAAAGAGGUGGAGGAUGAAGGCGGGGGCGGGGUAGCGGGGAUGCUGGGGGCUGCUUUUAACACCCCUCCGGAAAAGGAGCGCAAAGGGGUGGUCCACAUUCGUGAGGUGGGGGGCUUGCUGUGUGUUGUAAGGACAGUCUACCCCAGUGACUUUGGGUCCCCAGUUUGGAGAGGGGACAGUUACCAUGACAACGAGGUGGAAGUAGAGGUGCGUGCCGAACCUCCAGCCGCAUCCCCAGUGACUGGGAACAUCCUCAAAGUACAGCUUUCUGAGGAGGACAUCAUGAGAGCUGAAAUUGCCGCCUCCUGUCUCAAUAAGACAAAAGUCAAGGAAGGCGCAGUGACUGGAAACAAAGUACAACUGUCUGAGGAGGACAGCAGGAGAGCCAAAAUGGAUGCCAGGACCGCUUUCCUGAUGGGGACCCAAGAAACUACAGAAGUCAAGGAACUUAGUCUGGAUAAACCAGCCCAGGUCCAAGAGGGGCUAUUAAUUCAGAACCCUUUUGCCUUUGGCUAUGCCAGCGAUCUGCUACUCACCUCCCCAGAGGCAGGGGGCGCCACCCAGGUAGGCAGGGUUGGCCUGACCCAAAGGAGAGACAAUAUGGAUACCUCAGGUCCCAGUAUGACUACCAACCUUACGGGGACCCAGGAAACCACGAAAGUCGAGGGACCCUCGUUACAGGACCCUCUGUCCUCAGGCUAUGCCAGCGACCUCCCACUAACCUCCCCAGAGGCAGGGGGCGCCACCCAGGGAGACUGGGAAAGCUCCAGAGAAGGACUGGACUCUGCAACAGACAGUCCUCUAUCUCCACCCCAGGUCCCCACAAAGCAGUUCCCUCAGGUCGGGCAUUUUUUUCUCUUUCACUCACUCACUCACUCUCAAUCGUGGAAAUGUAGUCUACGUGUAUUUGGGGUUUGGUCCAGGAUCAGGGGGGGGAGAGCAUAUUUAAGAAUGUGUUGCCCUUUUAAGUCUUGUAUACUAGUGUCACAUCUUUGUGAGAGAGAGAGUUUGUGCUUUUGUGUCCCUCUCGCUGUGUGUGUUUGUUUUGUGUCCUGGUCAUUAUCAGCCCUGCAGAAGGCACUCUGCGUCUUCUCAUCCUUCCUGGGUCUGUCCCCAGAGCCUAAUCAGCACAGCACAGACCAUCUCUGCAUCUCUCCCCCUUUUCCUUCUCAUCACCCAUUCUCUCUUCACACCACCCACUCUUUCCCCUGUUACUUUUGA